UACUACAAGGUGGACGGCGACGGCAAGAUCGAGCGCCUCCGCCGCGAGUGCCCUGCUCCGGAGUGCGGUGCCGGUGUCUUCAUGGCCGCCAUGCACAACCGCCAGUACUGCGGCAAGUGCCACCUCACCUACGUCUUCGACGAGUCCAAAUAA